AUGUCAGAUGGUUUAGUGGCUUCUCCGACACGACUGAUUGACGUUGACACCGGUGACGAGAGAUACGUUCGAUUGAUUGUGAUGGCGGAAGACCUUCUAAACUACCGCCGUCCUAGCUAUCUAACACUGAGCUAUUGCUGGAACUACUCACACAAUGACACCCCAGCGUCGAGAGGGUUCCCAGUCGACACUCUUCCAAAAACUAUCAGAGAGACCAUUCAAGUGACUCGCCUGCUAGGCUUCCGAUACCUUUGGGUUGACGCCGUAUGUAUCAUACAACCAGACGCGGGUGAUAAGUAUCUCGAUGAUUGGAACAAGGAGGCACCCCUAGUCAAGGCCUCUACCUCGAACAGAAAGCCUGAAAAUAUCCAAUCAGCACUUGUCCUUUGGCUGGUAGAUCGACAAGAGUACGUGUGCUUGAGUGUACCAAAGCCACCACCCUGUGAGGACUGGUCUUCUGAACAUUUACGAAUAAGAGGCUGGUGUUUACAAGAGGCAUGUCAUGGCACGGCAAAAGAUAUUAUACAGGGGAAUGAUCCGCAUGAAACUCGAGUAGACUCGACAUCAGGCCCACCCCAGAUCAGCCUUGCUCAAGACACUGACCAUGCUACUGGGGGCGCCUGGACGAAUCUUAUCAGCAAAUACUCCAAAAUGUGCUUCAUUUUCGAAUCAGAUCGCCUCAUUGCUAUCCAAGGCUUGGCUACUCGUCUUUCGGAUAUCUAUAAUGACGAAUACUUUGCAGGCGAAUUUCGCUCCCGACUUGCCGACGGCUUGCUGUGGAAAAACUUAUACUUCAAGGCCGAUCAUGCACUUCCAGGGGUUCCGACAUGGUCGUGGGCAUCUAGGUGCCUAAAAAUAUGGUUCAUUCCAGUAUCACGUUCAUUCAUUCGGUUCGCCAAGGAAGACGUCUUUCCAGCGAAUAGUAGCCCCAUAGACCUCGGUAUGCCCGAGAAGUGCUCCUUAAAAGUUCAGGCCCCGUUGAUCAUUGUUGAUUUGGAAAGAGACUUUACAGAAAGUAAUAUUGUAUCGAAAGUUAAACGGCCAGUGUUUACCUGCCACGUACAGCUCGUAAAGGAUGGAAAAGACAGGUACGCCGUCAACUUUGAGUUUGAUGCCGAGAGUCUCAUGCCAAAAUCAUUCAUCAGGCUACUAGUAUUCUUACUGGGUCUUCAUGCCCUGUAUAAGAAGCGAGGAUUUGUCGACAUACAAGAGUUUGAAGAGUUAACCAUCGUUGACCCUGACACAAUAGUAUCUUUGGAGGGAAUUUCUGUUCGGCAAUGCGGCGCGUAUUACGAACGUAUUGGGCGAUUAGAUUUUGAUGUACCCAAGAACUGGACCAAAGCAGAACUAAAGUAUGCCUGA